AUGAUCUCAUCGCUAUUUUCCCUCGAGCCUUCCUCCCCUUCCUUCAUCUCUCACUUCUUUCACGCUCAGCAUGUCCAUUUCAGAAGGGAAGAAGGCGUGGGCUGCUCUCGUCACGCGCCCGAGCUACGUGCCAGGUAUGCUUCCCAGCUGAUUCUCCCACUCGUGCUAACGUCCAGGCCUGCUUGUGCUGCACCGCACGCUCUCCGUUGUGUCGAAGUACCCCCUCGUGGUGCUCGCGACCUCCUCACUCGGACAGGACCGCGGGUGAAAAACGAGGCCGCCUUCGAGCGCUUCGCAGACACGUGGACGAAGCUCGCCGUCUUCGGCGUCGAGGGGUAUGAGCGUCUCAUUCUCGUCGACGCGGACACGAUCAUGCUCCGCGGCAUGGACGAGCUGUUCACCAUGCCCCUGGGGGAGGACUGGAUCGGCGCCAGUCCCGCGUGCACGUGCAAUCCGUUCCAAUUUGCGCAUUACCCUAAGGACUGGAUUCCAGAGAACUGUUCACUGUCCCAUCAACCCAGACCAACGACACUUGACAACGUUCCGCAGCCGACGAAAGACAGUCCCCGGACAGCGCACCUUCUGAAUAGCGGAGUGGUGGUGCUCCGACCGUCGAAGGAGCUCAUGGACUCGCUCGCGGCCCAUCUCGACAGCGAUGCAGUUGCGUCAGCGCAGUUCCCGGACCAGGACGUUCUCGCCGAAGUAUUCAAAGGGAAGUGGAAGGUGCUCCCAUGGUGGUGCAAUGCGCUCAAGACGCUGAGGGCGGCGCACAAGAAUCUCUGGGAGGACAGCGAGGUCCGGUUGUUGCACUACAUUCUGGACAAACCGUGGAGCAAGCGGCCGCAGGGCUAUGACUACCCGACAGUCGAGAGCAGUGACAUUGAGCUUCCGAAAGCACUCGUUCAAGCCGUGAAGAGUGCUAAGCCGCAAGAGAGCUUGCAGAACUACGACGGACUGCACUCUUGGUGGUGGCUAGUGUGGGACGAUGUGAAGGGACGACUAGGCGACGACCGACCGCUCGUCGAGCAGUGGGUGAAGGAGUAG